CUCCAAUCGUAAAUUCACUUACAUAUAACUAACCAUGUUCCGCCCCGGACUGCCCCCUCGUCCUCGUCUUUCGACUUUUUGCCGUUUGAUGUCUAAUCGGUACGCUGCUAGGUUUGGUAGGUAGGUCGCACUCGAGGCCGCAUCGUGUCGAUAUCCAGACGCGAUACAAUCCAACACACAUGUCGUUGUGGGAACGAUACGCAGCACCCAGAUUCCGCAUACGAAGUAUAGCCUGUUGACGUAGACUUGGCGCCUCUCGUUGCAACUCGGCUGAAUUACACUCGAGACAUAGAUCAAGGUUACCUCCAGUGGGCUCAAACACGACUGACCGUUCGACACUCGCCUCCCACUCCAUUGGCUUGCGCGCCUUGCGCUGCCUUUUACUGUCACAUUCUCGGAUAGCCUCGGGCCUACCACCAUCCGCAACACACGCACACACACUCUCUCUCACCAUGGGCGCCGACUUAUCAGAGAAGCCUGAAUUGGCUUCCGAGAACAACAAUGACCGCCGGCCAUCCACGCAAGAUGAAUCGAGUGCGAGCACUGUCUCACCACCAUCGGGAGGCGAAAAGUCGACUCCACAAGCCGAUGUGCAAUCCGGCGCCGAUUUGUCUCGCCUGGAUUCAAAGGUAGUAGUGGCUCAGAAGGAAGAAAACGAUCCCUAUGGGCACCUACCUUCGCAUGAAGCCGAAAUCCUGAGGAGGCAGGUCACUAUUCCCGAAGUUAAAGCUGGUUUCGCUACUCUAUAUCGAUAUGCCACGCGAAAUGAUCUGAUCUUCAUUUUCAUAUCUUCCAUAGCGGCCAUUGGUGCUGGUGCCGCCUUACCUAUUAUGACGGUUAUUUUUGGCAGGCUUCAGGGCACCUUUCAAGGUUACUUCUUAGGCCAAGUCGAAAGAUCAGCCUUUACUAGCCAGCUGAAUUCCCUAGUCUUGAACUUCGUCUACCUCGCCAUAGGUGAAUUUGUCGGCGUGUAUAUCUCCACCGUUGGCUUUAUUUACACUGGCGAGCAUAUCAGUGCCAAAAUCCGAGAGCAUUAUCUUGAGAGUUGCAUGCGUCAGAACAUCGGUUUUUUUGACAAGAUAGGCGCUGGUGAGGUCACCACACGAAUCACAGCUGACACGAACCUGGUUCAAGAAGGCAUUUCAGAGAAGGUCAGCUUGACGCUUACCGCCGUCGCCACCUUCCUGUCAGCCUUUGUCAUCGGUUUCGUCUUCUACUGGAAACUGACCCUGAUUCUUACCUCCGUCGUCUUCGCGCUUCUUCUGGUCAUGGGCACCUCGUCAUUCUUCAUUGUUAAAUAUACGAAAAUGAAUAUCCAGGCUCAUGCCGCUGGAGGUACCGUUGCCGAAGAAGUUCUCAGCUCGAUUCGAAACACUGUUGCUUUUGGCACAGAAGCUCGUCUGGCUGGGAAGUAUGAUGAACAUCUGAAGGUUGGUUACUACUGGGGUUUCCGCAAGUCUGCUGCUGUUGCCUUCCUGGUUGGUGGCAUAUUUUUGAUCAUCUAUCUGAAUUACGGUCUCAGCUUCUGGGUUGGCAGCAUGUAUCUUGUUGAUGGAAUUAUUCCCUUGUCCACCGUGCUGACCAUUAUGCUGGCCAUCGUGAUCGGCGCCUUCAAUUUGGGAAAUAUUGCACCUAACCUGCAAGCUUUUGGCACAGGCUUGGCUGCCGCUGCGAAGAUCUUCAACACUAUUGACCGAGUUUCCCCCUUAGAUCCCACCGUGGACGAAGGUGAGAAACUUGAAAAGGUUGAGGGUUCAAUUCGUCUCCAGAACGUUAAGCACAUCUACCCAUCCCGACCUGAAGUUGUUGUUAUGAACGAUGUCACACUCGAUAUUCCAGCGGGUAAAACGACUGCACUUGUAGGAGCCUCUGGGUCUGGAAAGAGUACGAUCGUUGGACUAGUAGAGCGAUUCUAUGACCCUGUUGGUGGCCAAGUCCUGCUCGAUGGUCACGACGUCAGCACUUUGAACCUUCGCUGGCUACGGCAACAAAUCUCUCUGGUCAGCCAAGAACCAACGCUAUUUGGUACUACAAUUUUCCACAAUAUUCGCUAUGGUCUAUUCGGUACGAAGUAUGAAAAUGAAUCUCCUGAGAAGCAAAAGGAAUUGGUAAUCGAGGCAGCUAAGAAGGCCAACGCCCACGACUUCAUCUCGUCCUUGCCUGAAGGAUAUGAGACUCACGUUGGUGAGCGUGGAUUCCUGCUUUCUGGUGGACAGAAACAACGAAUUGCAAUCGCUCGCGCUGUUGUCUCUGAUCCUAAGAUCCUCUUGCUUGAUGAAGCCACAAGUGCCCUCGAUACCAAAUCCGAGGGUGUAGUUCAAGCUGCUUUGGAAGCUGCUGCCGAAGGCCGAACAACGAUCACAAUCGCUCAUCGUCUAUCCACUAUCAAAGAUGCCCACAACAUUGUUGUCAUGUCAAAGGGUGCCAUCAUUGAAUCGGGAACUCACGAUGACCUGUUGCAGAAGAAAGGCGCUUACUACAACCUCGUGACCGCUCAGAACAUUGCUGCUGUACAGAAAAAGGAAAGUGAAGAAGAUGACGAUCAAGAAGAUGAAGAUGAACAACUGAUUCGAAGAAUGUCUACCAACCGGAGUGGCGCCGCCUACUCGGAUGAUCCUAACGAUAACAUUGCGGCUAAGCUGAAACGAUCAUCUACCCAACAUUCUGUGUCUAGCCGAGUUCUCAAAAACCGCAAGGCUGAAGAAGGACCCGAAUACAGCGUGUGGACUUUGGUGAAAAUGACGGCUUCGUUCAAUCGCACGGAGUGGAAGCUCAUGCUUUGGGGCUUGUUCUGGGCCAUCAUCUGUGGUGGCGGUAACCCAGUACAGGCAUUAUUCUUCGCUAAACAAAUUCUUACACUUGGCGUGCCCAUCACCGACGCGAAUAAAAAUCAGGUUAAGCGCGACAGUGACUUUUGGAGUCUUAUGUACCUCGUUCUGGCUUUUGUCAUCCUCAUUGCCCAGAUUUUCCAGGGUGUAGCGUUUGCGAAAUGUUCAGAACUACUCAUCCACCGGGUCCGAGACCGAGCUUUCAGAACUAUGCUUCGUCAGGAUGUGGCCUUUUUCGACAAAGAAGAAAACACCCCCGGUGCUUUGACUUCGUUCUUAUCUACAGAGACAACCCACUUGGCAGGUCUCAGUGGUGUCACUCUCGGUACUCUCCUUACAAUCGCAACAACCUUAAUUUCGUCCAACGUCGUGGCUCUGGUCUUUGGGUGGAAAUUGGCACUCGUCUGUUUCUCUGCCGUGCCAGUCAUUAUCGCAGCUGGCUAUUUCCGUUAUUACAUGCUAGCACAUUUCCAGCGACGUUCGAAAACGGCGUAUGAAAAGAGUGCGUCUUACGCCUCUGAGGCCAUCUCAGCUAUCCGCACUGUUGCUUCCCUCACUCGUGAACAGGAUGUUUUGGCUCAGUACCGAGACUCUCUAGUCGCGCAGCAAAAGUCGAGCUUGAUCUCCGUCUUGAAAUCAUCUCUACUUUACGCCGCGGCACAAGCUACCCUAUUCUUGGCGUUUGCACUGGGUUUCUGGUACGGUGGUACACUCAUCGCGAGCAUGGAAUAUGAUUUGUUCCAGUUUUUCAUCUGCUUCAUGGCAGUCGUGUACAGUGCCCAGUCGGCAGGCUCUAUCUUCUCCUUUGCCCCAGACAUGGGCAAAGCUCAUCACGCCGCCACUGAACUUAAGACCUUGUUCGACCGCAAACCAGCUAUCGAUACAUGGUCUGACGAAGGCGACCGCCUUGAGUCUGUUGAAGGCACUCUUGAAUUCCGCGAUGUUCACUUCCGAUAUCCAACUCGACCCGAGCAACCAGUGCUUCGAGGCCUCAACCUGACUGUGCGUCCUGGUCAAUACAUCGCACUAGUGGGAGCGUCAGGCUGCGGAAAGAGUACCACCAUUGCUCUCUUGGAGCGAUUCUAUGAUCCGUUAUCCGGUGGUGUCUUCAUUGAUGGCAAGGAGAUCAGCACGUUGAACAUCAACCAAUACCGCUCAUUCAUUGCUCUCGUGUCCCAGGAACCUACCCUAUACCAAGGAACUAUUAAGGAGAAUAUCCUCCUCGGCUCAUCGAAGGAGGACGUCUCAGAUAAGGCUAUCGAGCAUGCCUGCCGUGAAGCUAACAUCUACGAUUUCAUCAUGUCGCUACCCGAUGGCUUCAAUACCGUAGUAGGCACAAAGGGAGCUCUGCUAUCUGGUGGUCAGAAACAGCGUGUCGCCAUCGCGCGUGCGUUGAUCCGUGACCCGAAGAUUCUUCUUCUUGACGAGGCAACGAGUGCCCUGGACUCCGAGUCCGAGCAUGUCGUCCAGGCUGCUCUAGAUAAGGCAGCCAAGGGACGCACCACUAUCGCAGUCGCCCAUCGUCUCAGCACCAUCCAGAGAGCCGAUAUUAUCUACGUGUUUGAUCAGGGUCGCGUCGUGGAGCAGGGUACACAUGCUGAGCUGAUGCAUCUCAACGGCCGGUAUGCAGAGCUCGUCAACCUGCAAAGUCUAGAGAAGCAUCAGUAAUCUACUCUGGGAGGCGUGUCGAAAGGCGUAGGCGGAUUAAAGUUGCGUUUUAAAGGGAAUUGAUAUCAAAUAGACUAUUACAUAUCUCAAUAGAGCCCGCUGAGCGAGCGAGCGAGAUAAAGGGGGAGGCUUUACACCACAUACCACAUGGCAUUAUAACGGCGUUGGACUGGGCUGUUGGCACGACCGCGGCCUAACAUACCCUACUUACUAUACUUGCAUAUUAUAUACUACCUCGCCUCCGCAAAGGAGGCAUUGCGUGCAUGAAUUGGUUUGCAACUUGCAGAAUAUAAAACUAUUUAGUACCUUAACACUUUUAUACAUCCUUCCCUCCUUUUAGGAUUUUAUUAUUUCUUUAAUCUCUUCCAAGUUAGCUCCUAUUCAAUUCAUAUAUCAAUAUACUAGAUAUCAUCUUGCCGAGAGCUUCACUUGAUAAAGCAGUUACACAUAUAUAUCUUAAUUAAAU